AUGAUCGCUACUGGCGGUCUGCUGAGGAUUUCCGCCAGAAAGCAGGAUCCCCUCCGCCCUCCGAGCCAGGUUCCUAAGCGUAAGCGGAAGGCCAAGAAGAGGCGCAAGAACGACGUGGUGGUGGUGAAAGGCAAGCUGAAGCUCUGCUCCAUCUCGGGACUAAUAGCCCUCUGCGGGAUCCUGGUGCUGCUGGUGGGCAUAGCCUUGGCGGUGGUGGGCUAUUGGCCUAAGGCCAACGGAGCCAAUCGGGAGGGAGGUAAGCAGCUGCCGCCCGCGGGUAGCAGCCACCGCGUCCCGACCACGGCCAAUAGCAGCAGUGGCAGCAAAAACCGGUCCAGGAACCACCUGGAGGCUCAGGGGGAUAUCAACUCCAGUUCGGUGGGUUCGCCCAGAAGCACUCAGCCUGCGCAUUCCACAGGCCCCUCCUCUUCCUCGUCCUCGACGUCUGUGGGUUUCUUCUUCCGCGUCUUCUCCGGCUACCUGCACUCUGACAAACUCAAAGUCUUUGGGCCCCUCAUCAUGGGCAUCGGCAUCUUCCUCUUCAUCUGCGCCAACGCGGUACUUCAUGAGAACCGGGACAAGAAGACGAAGAUCAUUAAUUUGCGGGACCUCUACUCCACCGUCAUCGACGUGCACAGUCUCCGCGCCAAAGACCUAGCGGCCGCCGCCGCCACCGCUGCCGCUUCGUCCCCGGCCCCCGCCUCCGCUACCCCGGGGCCCUCUCCGCUCAACGGCUUCCUGAGUUACGUGCAGUCGCGCGGCCUCGAACUGAAGCCCAGCGGCGCUGGGGACACCUUCGGGGCGGCGGCGGCGCUGGCCCGGGGCACUUGGCCCCACCCGGCGACUCCGAACCGGGCUGGAGGGGGCAGAGGUGCCGCGUCCCCUCCAGACCUGGCCUCGUCGCCGCGCUGUUCGCGCGAACCCCCCAGCCUGGCAGAGGCCGUGUACAGCAUCUACCGCGACCGCUCGGGCGUGGCUGGUCGUCGCCGGGCGGCCGCCGUGGUCACAGCUGCCAACGGCAACAGCAGUCCCGCUCCCUGCAGCCCUCCUGAGAGCUGGGGGCGCCAGAGCACCGCCAGUUCUCUGGUGGGCUCCUCGCUGAGCACCUUCGCGCUGUUGCCUUUGCCCGGAGAGCGCGAUGGGACCAAAGAGGGCGCGAGUUGCAGCUGGCAGGAGCCGCCCGGGGAGCGCGGGUCCCAGGAAAUUCCUCGAGGCGAACUUGACUUGAGUCUGACUGACCUGCGCGGUGUCGGGGCUGGUGCGCGCUGGGCUCAGAGCGGGCCCCAGGAAUCCGAGGGCUCCGCGGCAGCUGGCAACGUCAGGGCCCAAAGCGGCUGUCUGCCCAGGACCGGCAGGUACGCGGCCCUGCGGCGCCGAAGCACCAGUGGGCUCCCGGACUACCGGGCGCCGCCGUCGCCCGAGCCGCCGCCCUCCCCAAGCAGCGCGGACCUGGAUAGGAGCCUUUUAGCCAAAUCCGACUCCCCCUCACCUUCCCUAGGGCUGGAGGACUCGUACCCCGCCAGGCGGGACUCUCGGAGCUCACAGUCUGAGGACCCAUCUGGCAGCAAUAAGGGCUACACCCCACUUCGGGAGGCCGGCACAUCCUCAGAGUCGGUGGUGGACGCAGGAGCCAGUAAAAGCCAAGACUGUGCAACUGACACCGCCUCGGGUGUGGAGCAAAGUAUCCCAGAGGAUCCCAGCCAAAGGCUUCCCAUGGUAGAGCAACCUCAGCCGGUCCAGAGGCAGUUUACAAACAAGGAGAAACUCUUCAUGAUUUCCAGAUCUCAUGCCAUAGGAGUGGACGAUGGAGAACUGGAAAGCACUGGCAUUUAA